UCGGUACCGACGUCGCUUACGUUUUCGGCGUCGCGACGCAGCUUUUGCAACAUCCGGAAAGCAACUAAUCGAUCGAUCCACGGAUCGAAAGUGUGCGUGGGUUCUGAUUCUGAUAUCCCGAUCGGCAGUUGUAGUAGCCACCAAGCCUGUGGUGGAUUCCCAUAUCUCUCAUCUACGCCGAGAUCGAAACACAAGUCAUGCUGAAAUCGCCGAAGUCGUGUCUGCUUGGCUUACGUCUAUUCUAUGUUUAGGGUUUGAUCAGAUUCUAGCUUUCAAGAACAGGUGGAUCUAGUUAUUUCUGAAGGUGGGCACGACUCGAAUCUGGCCCAUUACCAGAGAAUUUGUCACUCUGGGUUGCUUGAUUUGGUUUCUUGUUGAAUUGGGGUCGAAUCAAUGGGGUGCUGCCAGGCCAAACCUGGCGGAUUGAGCAAAGACGACCGAGCUACCCGAUGGCGAAGCACUGGCAUUGUUGCUCUUCGCGAUUCUAAGCUCAAGGAGCUGCCUGUGGACGUGGUUAGCAUCGCUGCUUCUGUGCGGACGUUGGAUGCUACUCACAACAAAUUGGGUUCUAUUCCAGAGGAGAUUGAGAAUUUUGUCAACCUUCAAAGAUUGAUUUUGGUGGAGAAUUUGUUGGAGAGGUUGCCGUUGACAGUCGGUAAACUUCGAUCGCUCAAAGUUCUGUUACUUGAUUCAAACCGCCUUAGCCUGCUUCCGGAAGAAGUCGGACUACUACAGCGGCUCGAGCGUUUUUCAGUAUCUGGCAACAACCUGAAGUCGUUGCCCUCCACCAUCGGAAACCUCUCCAAUCUGAUACAGUUGGAUGUGAGCAAAAACAGCCUGGAAACACUUCCUGAGUCCAUUGGCAACUGCAAGUCUUUAGAAGAACUUAUUGCGAACGAUAACAUGCUGCAGGAGCUGCCAGACCCUUUGGGCAGCUUAUCGCAUUUGAAAACUCUCAUUUUGAGUAACCAAAAAUUAAAGCAGCUUCCUCCGUUUCUACUUCGAGACUGCACAGCUCUCCAAACCCUGAUGCUGCAUGAUACACUCAUACCUGCUGAUCAAUUGCAUCAGAUGGAAGGCUUUGAAGGGUACGAGCAGAGAAGGAGACGGAAGUAUGACAAGCAAAUUGAUGCCAAUGUAAUUCUAGACUCUCGUGGUUUUGACGAAGGAGUGGAUAUUCCUUCUGGAGCCAAGUGAUUUCAAUUUCUUCAUUUGAAGAAAAAUUACAUUACUUUCGAGAGAGAAAUGCUGAAUAGAAGAGAAAGCAGGUAUUCUGUGGUAAAAUUUGUUACCUACUGAAUGGAACAGUUCGCCGAUGUUUUCCUCACUGGUCAUGCUUUUGAGUUUCCUCCCUUUUGAGCAAGUAGAGAGGUUGGAAACAAAUUUUUGUAAUAAGGGAGAGACUGUACUUCGCGAAGAGGAAGUCCUUGCGUUAGCUUGUUCUUUGCUCAACUCGAGCAUAAUACUGAGACCGGUUAAGCAGUACCACAAUUUGCAGCAGUCAUCUAUGUACUAAGUUUUUAAUGCCACUCUUUAGUUUUAUCCUC